AUGAGUUCAGGUGACGAUACCGAUGGUCCCCGCAAAAGACGGCGCAUAGAUCCCUCUGAAACCGGUCCUUAUGUCCUGAGACAGCUCAUAGAUCCGGUUCCUGUGGCAGGAGAAGGGACCGAGGAUGGCUAUAUCACCUGUGUAGAAUAUUGGAAGGAUAAUCUUUACGUUGGAAACUCCGCCGGCGAGAUCCUUCAUUUCGUGUCAUUCCCUUCCGAUUCUGAGGAAUCAAAUGAAUCAUCUUUCAUUCUAGCAUCAAGAUUACCCAUCACGUCUUCGAAGAGCAGCCUACCACCAGAAUCACCCUCGGGGGUGCAACAGAUACUUAUUCUUCCGUCCACAAACAAAGCUUGCAUAUUAUGCAAUGGUGUCGUCACCUUUUACUCGCUCCCGGAACUCAGCCCUACCUACGGGGGCACAAAAGUGGGCAAUUGUAAAUGGAUUGGCGGACUAAACCUUAAUGAAUCCAUUGAGAAUGGAGAGACUUCUAGCCCUGUGGUGAUGAUUGCUGUUUCGAAUAGAAUAAUGCUGGUUAGGAUUGGCGAUGAACCCCGAAGGGUAAGAAACAUUGAAUUCCCAGGAUGUCUUGUAUCCGUUCGAAGAGAUACGAUCGCCUGCGUCGCAGACUCAUAUUCCUACUCUCUAGUGGAAGUGGAACACCUCCAAAAAAUUCCUCUAUUUCCGAUUUCAUCAUCGGAAGAGAGUUUCGAGUCUGGCCACGUGGAAGAUAUACCAGCUCAAACCGAUGCUCCAGUUCAAGGAAACCUCUCUACUUCCUACGGAAAUGCACCGGGACAUAGUGGAAGUGCGAGUCUAUAUGCAGUUAAUAACAUUGGACGUUCCCAACCAAGCCCGCAUCCGAAGUUUCCUGAACGAUCGAGCUCCUUAGCUUCCGAGAAUUCCUUGGGGAAUAAAGCCCCCGGAUGCCCAGGCUCCCCAGAGGGAAAAUCCCCCGAUACAUCAGGACCAGUUUCAGAAGCAGUUGGUUCAGGCUCAGAGCAAUCUUCUUCCAACGCCCAAAAAUCACUACCCCCUCCUCCUAAAGCAUCGCCUCCUCGGCUCAAACCCCACGUUGUGUCUCCAACCCCUUCCGAGUUCCUUCUAGUUACGGGCACUGAACCGUCAGAAGCUGGAGUGGGUAUGUUCGUAAAUGUCGAUGGUGAUGUCGUUCGGGGAACCCUUGAAUUUCCCAAAUACCCGGAAGCUAUUGUAGUCGAUAACGAUAAUGAGGGAAAUCAGUCGAGUGCAGGUGAUGAAAGUCAGAAUGGAUACGUUUUGGCAGUUAUUGGUGCUGACGAUAAGGAGGAUGGCCGAACAUUUAUCGAGGUGCAGAGAUGGAAUACGGUUUCGGAAGGAAGUGGACUAUACAAGACAUCAAUAGAGAUUCCUCCAGCCGAUCUAACUUUCGCCCCUGUUGGUAUUCGCCAUACUGUUAGCCCAAGCAGCAUCUCCUUCUCUGAAAUCGGUGACGUGAUGCGUAUGGUUCGAUUAAAGGCUACAAAUGUCUCACCUUCAACCCCAACAACGCCAGAGAAUACAGAUCCAAGGACUCAAGCAUCCCUUGAACAUUUGCAAAAGGAAAAAGAGCUUUUCGAUGGUCAGGAAACCGACUCUGACGGUUCGAAGCAUCCAUCUUCGUCACGUGCUCGUCAUGAUUGGGAAGUUGAGAGAAACCGAGAAGAAGCCAAAUUUGCCCGCGGACUGGCAACAGUCAAGAGUAGUAUCAUUCUUUGGGAGGGGAACCAAAUAUGGAGGGUCCUGAGGAACCCGUUGGCACUUCAAUUAGAUAACACUCUUCAACUUGCUGAGCAACGCAUAAACAACGAUGAAGAGCAAGGGGGUGUUGACAAAGAGGCAAUUAUAAAUCUUAUCCAAGGACUUCGGGGUAUGGAACCUAAAACUGAAACGGAAUACCUUGGUUUACGUUACGUCAGGCAGAAGGCAAGUCUACUUCUCCUUGUUGACUUGCUUUCGCAAACCAUGGCAACCCCAGACGAAUCUGCAAUAAAGGCAACAGAAGAUGCCCUUGUUGUCGGAGAGUUGGACCCUCGAGUGGUGCUCCUUUUGAUACCACUGGUUAGAAAUGAGGUACUUCAAGGUCCACAAGGGAUCUGGGUUUAUAAUGGUCUGGUUAAAGUGAUAUCACCAUUUCUCAUUUCACCGGAUGAAGUAGCGACAGAUCAGCCCUCUGGAUUCGCCAUUGGUGAUACCAUAAACCAUCUGCUUAAACGGUAUCUACUUGGCUGGCAGAAAAAGCGAGGAUAUGGGAGUGUGACAGAUGAGACAUAUGUGUUCAAUAGUGUCGACGCAGCAUUACUCCAUUUACUUCUUGAUCUGGAUGCGAAAAAUAUCCGUGAACGAAAUGUCACCCCUGGGGCCUCUGUGAGAUCGGAGCUCAACAAGCUUGUUGACAAUUGGAAGGGCAAUUUUGAUAGAGCCGUGCAGUUACUUGAAAGCUAUAACAGACUAUUUGUGCUCAGUCGAUUAUACCAAAGCCAGAAAAUGGCCAAGCAUGUUCUGUCGACGUGGCGGAGAAUCGUGGAAGGAGAGAAGGAUGAAGGGGGAGAAUUGUCCGGAGCAGUUGCUGACAUUCAGAUUCGGAAAUAUCUGGUGAAAAUCAGAGAUGUUCAGCUGGUUGAGGAGUACGGGCCAUGGCUGGCUGCACGGAACCCCAAGCUUGGAGUUCAAGUCUUCGCAGACGAUAGUAGCAGGGUGAAAUUUAAUCCACCCCAAGUAAUUGCGCUGCUCAAGAAGCAUGCCCCAGGGGCUGUUCAGGAAUAUUUGGAACAUCUCGUUUUCUCCAAACAUCAUACCCAAUACACGGACGACCUUUUAGCCUACUACCUUGACACUGUUCUGUCCGUCCUCGAAUCCUCCCCCGAAGCUCGCACCUCCUUGACAGAAUCCUACUCCACCUACCGCGCCCUUCAACCCCCAAAACCCUCCUACCUCAGCUUCAUCACGCUCAACCACCCACCGGAGCCAUGGUGGCAGUCCCGCCUGCGACUCCUCCAACUACUGGGAGGCGGCUCAACUACCCAAUUCACCUCCACCCAACCCCCAACAAACCUCUCUUAUUCCAUCUCCACCGUCCUCGCGCGCAUAGAACCAUUCAAGAACGAACUAGUCUCCGAAAGCAUAAUCCUCGACGGUCGCCAGGGCCGGCAUCGCGAAGCCCUUAGCCUCCUCAUACACGGCCUCAGCGACUAUGACACCGCGAUACGCUAUUGUGUAUAUAGUGGCACAUCCACGUUGACGACAAUGACCACAGCCGUCACGAAUGAAGCCGAAUUACCGCAAUCAGAACUCUUUAUCCACCUGCUUUCUGAAUUUCUCCAAAUCGAAGACCCGUCUGUACGCAUUGAGCGCACGAGUGACUUGCUCUCCCGCUUCGCGUCUGUGUACGAUAUCGCUGAUGUCCUCCGGCUUGUUCCGGAUGAGUGGAGUGUGGAUAUCCUUAGUGAGUAUCUGGUGAGGGUGUUGCGGGGUGUUGUGAGCGGGGCGCGCGAGGCGAAGGUUCAACGAGCGCUCAGUGCGGGGCUGUAUUUGAGGGUUGAUGCGGGGUAUGGAGAGAAGAUAGAGGAAAUUGGGGGGUGGGUGGAGGACGAGACAGGCAUUAGGGGGUUGAAGGCGAGGGCGGAGCAGGAGGAGGAAGUCGAAGGAAGUGAGGAUGGAGAUGCGGAUGGGGGUGUGGAUCAACUCGGUCGCAUAAUAAUUGAAGGGGAAGGAAAUUUACGAUGA